CUCAGUCAGGGGAGAUCUAAGAUGCACAUGAAGUUCUGCCAUUCCCGAUGACACCCGAACAAUUCACCUUCGGCCAACUUCGGGAUUUGUUUUAUUUUUUGCGCAGGAAAAAUGAAUUCAAAUAUUAUAAGUGGUCGGUUAGGUUAGCUACAUUAAAACAUUUUAAAGCACUAUGGACGUUUAGUUAGGUUAGUAGUAUAGCUACAUUAAAAUAAACAGAGAAAUAUAAAUAAACCCGAGGUUGGCCGAAGGUGAAUCGUUCGGGUGUAAUCGGGCAGGGACAGAACUUGAUGUGCAUCUUAGGUUUCCCCACAGUCAGCGACCAGUGCGUCGCGGAACUGACACUUGUCGUCACUGCCCGGUCCGCAUGCCUGUCUGUGCCUGUCCGUGCCUGUCCGUGCCUGUCUGUGGCAUGGAUCCAGCGGGCUCGCGGGGUGCCACCUGUUACCUCUUGGCUUGUGUCUGGUUACUCGCCUCUGCACAUCGCCAUGAUGUUUGGGCACGAGGAAAUAUUUAACCUCUUGGUGAAAGUUUAUUCCGGGGACCCGAACCUGCGCGACUGGAGCGGCCGCAAGCCGCGCCACUACCUGGCGAGCCGGGACACCAGCGUGUCGGCGGACACCUUCCGGAAGCUGAAAGCGAGGAGAAAACAAUCAGAAAAGGACUUGGGGUUCUUGCGAAUUGGUUCGCUGAAUGUGAGGGUGAAGAAGACGACGGAAGCGUUCAGCAACUUCCUGGGAGUGGGAGCGGUGCAGACGAACGAGAGACUACACAAGACCUGGGGGUCUGCCGACAACAUCCAGCAGGUGGGGAGUGACGCCAUGCCGCCCCCCAAGUUCGCCCCGCAGAAGAAGCGCCGGUCGAAGCAAGGCCCGGACGCCCGCGAGAGCUACAGCACGCCCAACACUCCUCCCAGCCUCGGCCGGGCGAGCGUCGCCGGCAGCGCGGGGGACUCCGACUCCGACAACGCCUGCGGCUUCGACGCGGGCUGGAAGUGCCCCGCGUAGCUGCGUUCGGCCCCUUCGCGUUGGUUCCUCGCGUGGUCGGCUUGUUCCCCGCGAAGAACUGCUCCACACGCUGCAUCUGGCGUUUCACAUCGUGUUGCACGUGCUUGUCAGUCCCUGGAACUACUUACAUGUACUUCUUAAGAAAAAAUUAUACUUGUCAUUAUUUUGUCACUGCUACUACGUAAAGGGUGGGGUUUUUCCUUGUAAAAUUACGGGCAAGGUUAUACACAAUUCUUGCAACUGUUGUCAUAUUUAUUUGUUUGCUUCACGCGCUGCGGUCCUCAGUGUUGCAUUUGGCACUGCGCAUCGUGUAGCACGUGCUUGUCAGUUACUGGUGUAGUCGUCUUGUUCCCGGGAACUGCUUACUUGUACUUUAUAAAAAUAAUUCUUGUCGUUAUUUUGUCACUGCUAUUAUGUAAAGGGUGGGUUUUUCCCUUGUAAAAUUACGGGCAAGGUUAUACACAAUUCUUGCAAUGGACAAAGUCAACUGUUGUCAUAAUUUAAGCUAAUGCAUUUAGAUGUUUAUAAUACAAUAGUAAGUGGCCAAUUUUUUUCUCUAAUAAGUAGUAACUUCCUUGAUGUAUCUUAAAAUUUUCAAACAUUUGUUGAUGAUUCCUUUUCUUUUGGACGUUUAGAUGUUUGUUGGUCAUUUACGCCUUCAAUAUUUAACCUAUUUUUAUUACUUUUUAAAUAAAGGUAUCCAAUAGUAUGUUAAAAUAAACCAUUGGGUACUUUUCAUACCUUUAAAAAAAGCUAAAUUCCUGAGGGAACAAAUAUAACUCAUUAGCUAUAUUCAUUAAUGUACUGCUGCUUUAAGUCUCAACUAAUAUUUUAUUUUCAUUUAUUUAUUUUCCUAGUGGCAAUAAACACAUAACUAUGUAGCAGAGUGCAUCAGAAAGCUUUGCGACAAACUGAAAUCAAACCCGUCGACAAUUGUGUAGUAAUUCUGCCUCUGCUAUGUUUGUAUAGCAUUUUUUUGGAAGUCAAUAAAAUCUUCUGUAUGUAUAAUGCAUCUCUUGUAUGUUAUGUGGAUUGGGCCGACUAUCCUUAUAAAUGGCGACACCAACUUUUGCAUCAGAAUUAUUUUUCAUUUUGUGAAGUCGUGUUUAAAAACAAAUUGAAUUAGACCAUAUUUAUUUCUUUUUGUGUCUUGUUAUUAAUACUUGUAAGCUGAAGGAAUAUCAAAUUGGUAAAGUGUAAUUUACAAAGUUUAAAUUAUUAAUAUGUUGCAUAAUGGUGAAACAAGUUAAAUUGGUGCUUUGGAGCAUCCAAAUGGUUCGGAAAAGGAUAGUACCCACAUUUAAUCAGUGGUAUACAGUCAGUGUGUGAUGGACUAUGACAUUUCAGUGCUUUGAGCAUAGCACUGUACAUUGGUUUCAUAAUUAGAGACAAGAUUGUAUGGUUUUAUUUUUAUUCAAAUUUCAAUUUAAAAUCAAAAGAUUUUGGUGUUUUUUUUUAUAAAUACUGUUUUGUAAUAUUUAUACUGUGUUUGAAUGGUGCAUUUUUACAAUAAUAUAAUAAAUUGUAAUAAAUUCAUAUAAUAAAGAUACAUUCAGAACAAUUAAAAGUUAAUUGGCAUUUGUUGUUUAAAAGUGAUUCUAUAAGAGUUGUGCGAUAAAACCAAUUAAAUUAGUUUUUGUGAUCAAUUUUUGUCCAGAAAUAAUAAUAUUCCUUAAAUUUCAAAUGUUAAAAAAUUUGAUUUUAUUGUGAUUUGUGAUUUGAAUGAAGUUUUGUUUAAAUGCUGAUUAAUUCAAUGGUAUAACUUGCAUUUGGCUGCUAUGCGGUUUAUUGGCAAGCUUCUCGGUGUUAUUUAGGUUUUAUUGCAUUCCACCAUAAAGUCUUGUCCCUAUCCAUAAUGCUUGAUGGAACAAAUUUUAGAAAGUGCAAUGAGUAGAGACCGCAAAAAUUCGCGAAUUCAUUUCGCGAUAGGCUGAAAUACAAAUCGUUGUACCUCAGUGCUGCCUCUGCUAUUAGUUCACAACUCACCUGGAUGACUCUGCGGUCGAUGAGAAACACCCGACCAAAGCUUUAUACGAAUCACACAGGCUGCUACGCUGGAACGUCGCGCAAGACAGCAGCCAAUGAGUGGGUGUUAUUUGACCGAGUGUCAUUGAACCCGCGAAAUUUUCCAGUCUCUAGCAAUGAGGUAUAUGUUCUGAAUCAUGGUAUCAAUCGGAAACCAAAACUAAUUUUUCAUUUGUGUUUCCAGUGUUACUAACAAUAUAUUAUUUUGCAUUUUUCAUUACUAAGCACAAAGAGUUUUUAAGGAAAAAGUAAUUUAACAGAAAGAAAUAACAUAUUUUAUGAAAUUAUUUAAAAAAUAUAUUUAUUUUUUCAACUAUGUUAGUAGCAUAAAAUUUUCUAAACUGUGCAAAUCAAGACUUGAGUGAUUCUCUUUUUUUUUUUCCUUUUAGUCAGCAUUAUGGUCGAUAAAAAAUUGUACAAAAAUAGUUAAAAGGAAGGUUUAAACCGCGUAUAAAGAUGAAACACUUCCAAAGCAGGCAGUUCCCUGUUGUCGGGGCGGCGCGGGGCGGGAGACGCUCAUCCUCGCGCGGGGUCGAAGGAGCGUGCGGUCGCCUCCGUGCCGUGCACUCUGAGCCUGCACACGCAGGUGAGGCGCGGGUGGCCGUGGUUGCUCCGGAACGAGACGCGGACCACUCCCGUGGCCUCCUCGGGGGCGUCCUGGGAACACACACGCGAGAGCGCAAUCCAGAGGCGAGUCCCGGGGGCGAGAGCCGGCGCGAAGCAACCGCAUCUCUUUUCAAUGUUCAGUCUGGCUUCGCCGGGUAAAUUCGGCUGUUCGUUUUAGUUUGAAGCUUCGGUUGGGACGCAAAGCUUCGCAUCAUACGUGAAGCUUAGAGCUUGUCGCAAAGCUCUAAGAACUCAGGAAGUCGAUGAUUCGCUCAUGAAAUCUUUUAUAUUUUGUGUGUGUUGUGUAUGUUCUUUUUAUGAAAGUUUGUUAAUAAUAUAACAGCCAGUCAAUCAGAUGACAGCUUUACAUCGGAUGGCGAAUUAAAUUUUUUUUUUUUUAAUUCAAGACGUUCUUCCGUGACUAAGACACCGCACUGAAACAAUGUAAUCAAAGCAUAUCUCAAGUUAUAUCAAGUGGUGUUAACUGGUUAGCUCAGCUUAAGCGUCUGCUGCACCAAUGAUAGUUAAUUUAAAUUGUUAAGCAUGAUGAUAUGAAAUAAACAGGGCAGUUCCUUAUGGAAUGGUAUUUAGGAGUGCUGCUUAGUGAUAGAAGUACGCAGUAGGUUUUUACAAACUCCUAAGUCAGUUUAGUUGAAGCUUCGGUUGUGACGCAAAGCUUUGCAUCUUACGUGAAGCUUCGAGCUUGUUGCAAAGCUCUGAGAAAUUGGAAGUUGAUGAUUCGUUCGUGAAAAUAUUUAUUUGUUUUUAUGUUUUGUGUCAUUAAAGUUGGUUACUUAAAAAAAAAAAAAAAAAA